GGUGAGAGAUGGGGGUGCGCGUAGGAAAGAAAAGAGUCUUUUUUGUUUCUAAAAAUAUUUGGAUUGGCCCAAGGUUUUUUUUCACGCAGAAGCAUUAGGGGUUCUGCCAGUCUUCUUCCCAUUCCAACAUUCAGAAAACCUAGAGACCUAAAGCCCCUCUCCCAAACGAGGCAGCUAAAAGUGGACCUCCGCCUGUUCGCGCACACGCGCCACCGCCUCCGCCAAAACGGCCGCCGCCAACCGCAAAACCAGGACACCACCAGUGCGCCGAUCGCCACCACAGACCCCACCGGUUGCCGCGCCAAGCUCCUCUUCUCCGCUUCUUCGCGCGAGAGAGAAACUCUCGCCUCUCCGCGCCACGCCGACGCCACCACCGGUGAGGCCAACCACCGCGAGCCGUGAACCAAGAUCGCGCCAGCGAUGCAGCCCGCCGCCGGAGUCACUGUCGGUCACGGCGCCAGACCCUCCUUUCCUUCCCUCCUUCCCGCGUUAGAGAAACCCUCACGCUUCUCCGUCAAUCGCUGCUUGAACGAUCACGGCUGGACUUCUGGAAGCUUUGGGAUUGGUUGCUGGAAUGUCUGCUGCAGGUUCAGGAUUGGAGAUUAUAGAAAAUCAUCUCAAGUCAUGGAAAACAGUGCGAAGCAUUUAGAUGAGGACGUUAUCAAGGAAGAAGAAUCGCCUAAACUUGCGGCGUUGUUGAAAGAGAUGAAGGAAGGGCUCGAUACUGUGAGGCUUAAAGUUCAAUCUUUAACUGCCAAAGUGAAAGAAGGUCAGUAUCCUACAGCAGAUGGAUUUAGCUACCUUGAGGCUAAGAAUUUGCUGCUUUUGAAUUAUUGUCAAUCCCUUGUUUAUUAUUUAUUGCGGAAGGCUAAAGGGUUAUCAAUAGAAGAUCACCCUGUUGUUCAAAGUGUUGUAGAGAUAAGAUUGUUUUUGGAAAAGAGUCGGCCAAUUGACAGAAAACAACAAUACCAAAUCCAGAAACUAGUGCAGGCUGGUGAAAAUGCAGCCAAAAGUGAUAUUCAAAGUACGGAGCCAGAUGCGUCCAAUAAGAGUGAGGAUGCAUCAAAGUAUCGUCCCAAUCCUGACAUGCUAGUUAGCAAAGUAGACUUAACCUUGCAGGAUGGACAUGAUACAUAUCAACCUGUAAAGUUUGCCCCUACUUCUAUGGAUCUAGAAAAACCUUCUAAGCAUGAAAGAAAUGCCUUGCGAAGAGAAAAAGAAAUUCUGAAACAAGCUAAGCAGAGUGAUUAUAUCAGGACAUUGAUGAAUGAUAUGGAGGAAAGACCUGAAGAGGUGAGGGAUUUUGAGGGAGCUAGCAAAGAAGUUGAUAGAUUUGUCUCCAAGAUGGAGAAACGCGCUCAGCAAGAGGAGGAGAUGUUCACUCGUGUUCCUCUUACGAAACAGGAGAGGAAGCGAGAAAAAUGCUUGAAGAAAUCAAGAAAUGGGUUGCAAGGUCUAACAGAAAGUUUCUAUGAUGAAAUCAAAACAUUACCCUUUGAAGAUAGAACUGAAGAGCAAGUAAUGGGAUCUGGUAAAGGUAGCAGCAGAAAGAGCCGAGUACACAAGCGAAAGAGGAAACACUGAAGGAGGAGAUUUAGGAUUUUGACCUAAAGGGUUAUGGGAGACUGACCACCGCAUGCUGUUGGAGGAAGUAAUAUUAGGUUGAAUGCAAAGGAAAUGUAAAAGCUAGUGUUGGGUAUUGGGGAAUUCUUUCAUGUUUGUAGAUUUAUGUUUGUAGGUUUAUUUUUGUACUUUAUUGCCAUCCUAAUUAGCUGGUGCCCAAUGGGGAACGUGGAUUGGAGAUUUUGGAAGCGAUGAAAUAGUGUUUUUUGGUUUA